UCUGUCCCUCUUUCCUCUCAGGCUUCUGGGAGGAGUGAGCUCCAUGUUGUUUCAGUCCCCGGCCUGUCAGGGCAAGAGGUGCCCGAACAGUGUUCGCAUUGUCGUGUGUAGAUCUCUCUGUUUGGGCCUGUAGGCAGAUCCGGUGCCUACAGCUGCGCUAUCGCAUAACCUUUUGGCAGAGUACACUUCUUAUGAUUAGUCAGAUACCAUUGCAAAGAUGAAUGAACAUCCUAAAAAAAGAAAAAGGAAGACACCUUUUCCAUCCCGAUAUGCGGGUCAGAGCUUGGCUGUAUCCUCCCCAGAUGUUACCAUUCCGAUUAAAACAGUAGAAAACAAUGGGAUUUUCUUUGAUCACUGUUACAGUGUCUGUUCAAUAAUCCAAGCAGAUCCCAAAGUUCCUGAAGAGGAGCCUAUUACUAACGGAGUCAGCAGGGAGGUCUGUGAGUCUCCCACAAUAAUACCUCAGCCUGCUCAUGAAGAUGCUGUAAUAGAAGUUCAUACUGAAGAGCCCGAGUGUGUCCCUUCUCCUGCUGCAGAGGAGGAAAUAAAGGAGAUUCCUCUUCAAUCUAUUGAAAGUCCUGUUAGUAGUCCGUCCUCCAACCUCACAACACCCCAGAAGUGGCCCUUACUGAGGGCCAACAGCAGUGGCCUGUUCCGAUGUGAGCAGUGUGACUACAACAGCAAAUACUUCUCGGAUCUAAAGCAGCACAUGAUCCUAAAACACAAGUGUGUAGAAUCGCACAUCUGUAAAGUUUGCAAACAGGGUUUCUCAAGCGAGGACUUGCUUCUGGAGCAUGGGAAGCUGCACGUAGAGGAGCAGCAGCAGCUCAGCUGUAAGCAUUGUGACUACAAGACUAAUGGCUAUGAGAGUCUUAACCAGCAUGUUGCAGAUGCUCAUUUCAAUGACUUCCUCUACUGGUGCGAGCAGUGUGACCUUCAGUUUUGUACUAGUAGUGAACUGUACCUGCACUUUCAGGAGCACAGCUGUGAUGAACAGUACUUGUGCCAGUUUUGUGAGCACGAGACUAAUGAUCCUGAAGACCUGCACAGCCAUGUAGUGAAUGAACACACGUGUCGACUAAUAGAGUUGAGUGAUGCCUACAACAGUGGAGGACAUGGGCAGUUCAGUCUAUUAAACAAAAUUAGCUUUGAUAAAUCCAAAAACUUCUUUGUUUGCCAGGUGUGUGGUUUCAGCAGCCGCCUCCACACCAAUGUGAACAGGCAUGUUGCAAUAGAGCAUACGCGUUUUUAUCCACAUGUUUGUGAUGAUUGUGGGAAAGGGUUUUCGGGCAUGUUAGAAUAUAGUCAGCAUCUGAAUUUGCAUUCAUCUGAAGGGGUCUAUUUGUGCCAAUAUUGUGAAUAUUCCACAGGUCAACUGGAAGAUCUGAAAACCCACUUGGAUUUCAGGCACUCGGCUGACAUGCCCCAUAAAUGUGCUAACUGCCUUCUGCGGUUUGGAUCAGAAGAUGAACUUAAAAGUCAUCUUCAGACACAUGCAAGAACAUGAUUUGUACAGUGGAAGCGCUCAUGUGGUUUAUAGUUCCUUUUUCCCACACACAGGUUUUCUAUGCCUAGUAAAUUAAAAGCUUUUUUUUGUACAUGUUUAUUAAAUAAUACGUGUACUUAUGUGACAUCCAUUUUGAAUUCUGUGAAUCCCUUUUGUAGAUAAGUGAGACCACAUUCUUUUAAAGUGCCAGUAAACCUAGAAAAUAAAAAAAUUCCCAGCAAUAUUAGGUUACAUAAAGCUAGCACAUGUGCAGAAUUAUAUAACAUUAUUUUCUAGGUUUACUGGCCCUUUAACAAGCAUUGCAGGUCUCAAUGCCGACAAAGGGAUUUAAAAGUUAUUCUAUUAAAUCAGAGCAUCCAUUAUGGCGGGGAAAUGUAAAAGUUGCAAAUAUUGUUUGAGGGUAAUUAAAUUUUCAAGAAAAUCAACUAAA